AAAAAAGAAAUAGCAGGGGGCCAGAGCAGCCUCGAAUAUCCUCCGCGAUUCCAAGUUCCAACCCGCCUUUCGCUCUCUCUCUCUCUCUCUCUCUCUCCCUCUCACACUAUAACUACAGACUCGAUCGCUAUUGUAUUUCUAGACUCCUCCUGUAUAUCUAUUUCUAUAUUCCAUUUUCAAUUCAAUGAAGUUCGAAGGGCACCCGGAGGGAGAGGAAGAGAUUUGUCGGACGAUCGAGGUCGUCUCCUCCCCCGCCCCCGUCGUUUGUGGCCUCAAGUCCGUUCCCGCCGCAGACGAUGACUGCAAUGGAGAGAACCCCUAUAUUCCCCCUCUCAACUUCUCCUUGGUCGAUAACGGCAUUUUCCGCUCCGGCUUCCCCGACUCCGCCAACUUCUCCUUCCUCCAGACCCUAGGCCUCCGCUCCAUCAUAUGUCUGUGUCCGGAACCAUAUCCGGCGGCGUACAUGGAGUUUAUCAAGUCCAACGGGAUCAAGCUUUUCCAAUUCGGGAUUGAAGGUUAUAAGGAGCCUUUUGUGAACAUCCCAGAGGAUACAAUUCGUGAAGCACUAAAAGUUGUCCUUGAUAUAAGGAAUCACCCAGUUUUAAUUCAUUGUAAACGUGGGAAGCAUCGAACUGGUUGUCUGGUGGGAUGCUUGAGAAAAUUGCAAAGGUGGUGCCUGACAUCUGUCUUUGAUGAGUACCAGAGGUUUGCAGCUGCUAAAGCUAGAGUUUCAGAUCAGAGGUUUAUGGAAUUGUUCGAUGUGUCUAGCUUGAAGCAUAUGCCACUGACAUUUUCAUGUUCGAGGAGUGAUUGUGAAUGUUGUUGUAUCCGAGUCAAAGAUGAUCUCAAGUAUUGAAGAACUGGGGGACCUGCGUAAUUCCAACAAUCUAAAACAGAACAUAUCGGAAAGGUCUCUAUGCUCCUUUGGCCGAGUUGAAAGAACCCGAGAAAAGACGGGGAUUUCUUUCUUUAAUCCAUAUAUAUUUGCUGCAGCAGUUGGUUUCCUGCUUUCGGGCUCCAGUCUUGAAUUGUGUGGAAGAUUGCUGUUCCUCAAACCCACGGCAAUCUUCCAUAGUAUGACUUAUUAAACAUUAGCACCUUCUUUUAUGUUAUUAUUAUUAUUUUGUCGGAACAGAAGCCACAUUUUUAAAUGGGUAUUAUUGGAGGUUAUAUGUUCAAAUUA